AUGAGUUCAACAGCAAUCGCCAUAUUUCCGUCGGUUCAUGAAAUAUAUCAAGGCAUCGCGAAGAAUCGACGAAAAGCAAUACCAGCAAUUCCACAAUCAUGUAUCUUUGAUAUUCCCGAAGAAUAUACAUUGACAAUUGAAAGAAAACAAUUUUUAUUGCUUGAUGAAACUCGUGUUCGACGAGAACGCUUGUUAAUUUUUUCUAGUGACGUUCAAGUCGAUUUAUUAUUUAAUUCUCCAAUAGUUUAUAUGGAUGGAACUUUUAGUAAAACACCAACUCAUUUUUUUCAGUUAUUUAUAGUGUACGCUGUUGAUUUUGAUAUUUGUAAGCUACAACAACAUUAUUUAAUUGAUGAAACUUUUCGUCUUUUGUGCCGUAAGAUGAUGACAUUGGCAUUAAUGCCACUUGAUAAAGUGGUAGGUAGUUUUGAAGAUAUAAAUAAUGCAGCUCAUUGCUUAUCCGGAUCGCCGAUGUUAGUAUUACUGAAAUAUUUCGAGAACCAUUGGAUAUCAAAUACUGAAUUGUGGAAUUUAUUUGGACCUGAUAGUCGUAUCAAUAACACUUGUGAAGGUGGUGAAUGUAAUUUAUCAAUCACAUAA